AUGGCAGUGCGCCCUCCAUCGGCGCGUCUCAACUUCGUGCACCAUCAGAGUGAGAAUUGGACCACGGCCACCGAGAACACCCGUAUCGCGGCCGAAGGAGAAGGCGUACUGUAUGUCCAUGGUGCUCCUAUCUACCGAGCAAUUCGGCGAGUGAACCGCGUGCUUGACAGUCCGCCACAUGCGCUGCCAGCGUCGCAUCCACGCUCCACCGAGGGCCAACCGCCGGCUGCCGCUGCUUGCCCUUCUCGUUCAUCGCAGUUGCCUUACCAUCCACCACCACCACACGACCGACAAGCCUACAACAACCAUGAUCACUCUGGUGUUGUCGCGCCUGGGCUGCCGGCUGGCCCUCCUCUUGCCCAUCAGAUGGGACAUGCGCCGCAUCAUGGGUACCCGCACGCGACCGGUGAUCUGCUUCGCGGCUUGCCUACUCAACCACAUCAGCACCAGCAUCGUCCAUCGCAGCCGACGUGGAUCGCGGUGGAAACCCAUGUCCAGUGUUGGCCACCACCUCCAAUCGCGACCUCUGGCCCCACAUUCAACGCCAAUACCAGUGUUGCCAACGUCGGCGUCACCAAUCCAGACUUGCGUGCGGCUCAGCCCUACGAGCAUUGUAGAUUACGGAAGCCAAAGAAAUUGCGUGCCGCCCAAGCCUGCGUGCCAUGCAGACAACGGAAGCGAAAGUGCGACGAGGGUUCGCCAUGCUCGUGCUGCAAGGAGGACAAAUUUACUUGUCAAUAUCCUGGCACACCGCCGGGCAACACCAACGCGACCAACGCGACCAUGGAGAAGCUGCUGAGGUACGCGGAAGCCCAUUCGAAUGAGCUCAAGAAAUUAAAUAGCAAAGUGGACGGCUUCGAACAGCAAUCACGCCGGGUCGAGCCGAACAAAUCCGCUGCGCCAGAGCCUACGAUCAUGAACGAUCAAGAUCGACCGAGACGAAGACAAGAGCUGGAAGAUCACAAGACCGCACCACACAAGUUGCUGUUGCAUUGGCCUUCCGUGCGAAAACUGCUGGGGAAGGCUAAGUUGGAGCACGACGAGGGCUACGUUAUGACGGCCGAGUAUGGCCAGGACGAAAGUGAUGAAACAGGAGAUACGCCGCCGCACGCGUAUGGAACCUGGGAUACUGAAAUGUCUUCCACGCCUGACAAUGAGGCGCGACGGUCGACACGUGCAGGAGGCCUGGGAUCGGAUGGCGACGUCGAUCUCGACGCGCACACCAUCAACGAGCUUUACGACAGCUACAUGCGUCACAUCCACAUCCUGCACCCGUUUCUGGACCAGCGGGAAUUGCGGGAGAUGUUUGACAGCUUCCUCCGGCGUUACAGCACCGGCGGGCCUCGAGCACGCUUCGCCGUCAGUACAUCUGACUCCUACCAGCGACCGCUGAAGCGACAACGAUCCAACGUGUCUACUGCGAACGUGGCACCGCAGUGGGAGCAGGCCGGUGAAGGAGAGCCGACCGAACGGUCGCCUGGAAACGCCAUCAUUUUUUUGGUACUGGCAUUGGGAAAGAUAUGCAUGCAUAGCGACCCACUACCAGGCGGGGACGUCAUCCCUGGAAUUGCGUACUAUGCCAAAGCAGCCGAGAUUCUGGGUGACCAGGGAGACGGAAACGACCUCGUCCACGCCCAGAUGUUCCUGCUAGCAGGUCUGUAUAAAGGUCAGCUAGCUCAUGUGAAGGAAAGCAUGAGCUGGAUCACAAUGGCAGGUCGUGCAAUCUUCAUUCUGCUCGAUCGUUACAAGCUAUACAAUGGCAACUACUGGACGGCCUACGGUGAUGUACAAAGGCGGCACGAAAGCGCGCAUAAGCGCAUUAAGGAUACUCGACACAGCUUGAUCGUGCUUGCCUCGUGGACGUGCCUCCAAUUGGAGAGUGACAUUCGCGCCGACCUCAAGUUACCGUCCAGUGAGAUCCAAAGCAUUGAGGAUCUGCUCAUCAUGCCCAAGAAGACACGCGAGGACGAGGGUAGACCAGACGACUGCGACAACAACCUCAUAUACUACACCGCACAGCUCUUCCUGCGACGACGAUUGAACCAGGUCCACCGAGAGAUGUAUGGGCCAGACUGCUCGAGCCAGUCGUUGACUGAAGUCCAGGAGAUGCUUAGGGGUCAUGAGAACAUCCUCACUGAGUGGAGAAGGGGCCUUCCACUCGCUCUGAGAUGGAAUGAUAACGAUCCGCUAUCGUCGGACAUCCUUGCGGCCCGAUUGCGUGCGAAAUACUACGGGGCCAGAUACAUCGUCAACCGCCCUUUCCUCGAUUACGCGUUGCACAUAAUGCCAGGUCUCAAAAGUGGUCAUCCCAUGGAAGCUGUCGCAAGGGACGGAUACGGCAACCCGCGUGACAAGGCCGACAUCCAUCUCUUCAGGGCCAUCGAGCAGCUGGGCGAUUCGACAGUACGGGAAGCCGCACGACGUUGCGUCGAUGCAGCCAUGCACAGUACCAUCGCUUUCGACGGCGUGCGAGAACGUCUCAUUCUCACCAACAUCCACGGCACCGCACACGCGCAAUUCGGCAAUAUGCUAGCCUUGUGUGCGACGUUCACAACAGAUCAUAUGAAGCAGAUCGUUCAGACCGACGAGUUUAGGGAACGACUGCCCCGGACGAUCAGCUUCCUUGGAAAGCUGGCGCCCAUCUCACCCACAUGCGCUGCGGACUGCAGCAUCCUCGAGAAGUUCAACGAUCUCCUGUUUCCAAUCAAGCAGCCUGACAUCGAAGCAGCCGAUGAGCGCUGCGACUCGCAUGCCGAGUCGAUCACGAAAUCCCCUUCUUAA